UUCCUCAAACUCAACAUAAAAAUACAAAUAAAGCCUCCUUGCACCUCCCUGUAAAUGAUUUCGUAAUAUAGGAAGUCAGCAUUUUUAGAGACUGCAGAUCAGUUAUAAUUUCAGGUUGUAAAAACAGGAACUAGUGCACAAUUGCCAAAUACCUUUCACAUGUAGGGUUCCAGCAAAAUGUACCACAAGACAACUUCAGGACUUGACACACAAUAACUGCAGAGCUACAGUGUAGAGGUUGGUGGAUCAAGAUGUCACAGAUUCUGCUCUUUCUGCUCUUCAUCUUCACAUUGACCGAUCCUGUUUACAAUGAAAAACCUUUUAGUUUCAAAUAUCCCAUUAACAACAUCGUUCUUGGGGGACAAUAUGUGAUAGUCGCCACAGAGAAUUGCCUGUACCAAUUUAAUCACACGCUGUAUCCACUGAAAACAACGGGACCAUUUGGAGAAGAUGAUUCAAUCUGCACAGGGGACAGUGACCAAAAACCAACCUAUCAAAAUAAAAUCUUACUUGUCUACAAUGACACUCUGCUCACUUGCUGGAAUGAGAGAGGAACUUGUAAUGAGCGCCAUGUGGACAACUUUACAACUGUGGAAAAAGCUGGAGAUUGUAUUGUUCCCCUGAACAGGACACAUCCUGCAAGGGGUUUUAUAUACUUUAAAGAAGAUUCCAUUAACUUAUUUGUUGCCAAAUUUCAAAAUAAUGAUGGUUGUGAUAGCACUCAAUACAACAUUGCUGUAAGACCAAAAGAUAAAAUAAAUAAGGACUUUACAUUGGGGAGUAAAGCUUUAUUAAAGGCUAGCACACCGGGUCUGAACUAUGUUGAUGCAUUCCAAUGGAAGCACUUGUUUAUCUUCCCUUAUUACCUGUCUGAUUACAGUAGUGCCAGGGUUGUUGUGCUAAAAGAAAAUAACUUGGAUUUGGAUUAUCAUACCCAGUCUAAUCUCAUAUGUGGGAGCAAACCACAAAGAAAGAUCAUUUUAUCCUCAUUUGCAUUUCACUCUUCAGACAGUCUCCUCUGGGCUGGAAUAUUUACAACAAACAAUAAAGCAUCCACAGAUAGAACAGCAUUAUGCAUCUAUAAUUUUACGGUCCUGGAGACAGCCAAAACAUUGAUUAAAUAUGAAGACUUUCACGUUAAAUCUCUUCAUUCUGGUACUAUUGAUGAUCUCUUACCAUUACAUGGAACUCCAACACUGACCCACGGAGACCUAACUGCUGUACAUGUAAAAGAAGUGGAAAGGAGACUGGUAUUCUUUCUUGGGACUGAAAAUGGAAAAUUACUUAAGGUUACUUUAAACUCAAACUACACUGCAAACUGUCCAGAAGUGUUGUAUACAUUUCCAGAUGAAGCUCCUAUAUUCCAAACAAUGCACAUUGACCCUGUUAACAUCAACUAUCUAUAUGUUGCCACUAAAAAGGAGAUAAAACGUCUGAAGAUUGCAAAUUGUGAACAAUAUGAAUCGUGCAAUGAUUGCCUGUCAGCAUAUGAUCCGCACUGUGGAUGGUGUCAUUCAAUGAACAGGUGCACCAUGAAGACAGAAUGCGAAUCUACAUCUCUGGGAAAAUGGAGUGGAAUUUCAGAUAAAUAUGGAAAAUGUCUUAAAAUCAAAGUUAUUCCCAAAGAUGGAGAGAUUUCAGUACACAUUGAGAAAAACCCUUCACUGGACCAAGAUUCCUGGAACUGUGAAAUAAGAAAUAAAGAUAAAAGGGAAACCCUUUGUACAGGCAAAAAUGAAACUCCAUCCUUGAACUGUUCCUGCCAGUUUUCUGCACGUAGGACAUUUGAAACAGACACAUUAGCUGUUGUAGCACGGAGUAAUGGCACAACUAUCUCAGAACAAUUCCAAUUUCAGAAGUGCUCACAGUACCUAGAAAACAGUUGCUUAGACUGUAUAUCAAGUGGUUGCUUAUGGUGUAUCAAAACUUCUACAUGUAUGUCUCCACUAAGCCAGUGUGAAAAUAAAGACUUUGCAGAUGAGGACAAAUGCAGAAUCAUUGAAGAAAGAGCAGUACAGAAAUCUUCAUCCAAUGUCAACAUUACAUUUGUGGAAGUUGACAGGGUUACCACAGUAGGAAAGAAAGAUGUCCUUAUUGGUGGUGAAAAUCUGCUAAAUCUGUCAAUGGUAUCUUUAUUUGGUGCCAGCAGUUGCAAACCUCAGGUAAUAAAAGUGUCCCGUCACAUAAAUAACACUCAUGCCCAGAUCUCUCUGCCACAAAGUCAAAAUGGAGUCAAGAGACUUUGUGUAGAUUUUCAUGGGAAUUGUUAUAAAAAUGGUAUUACCUAUCAAUCGGUGUCGUGCUCAGCCAUUGUUCCAAAUACUACGUGGCUCAGUGGUGGUCGAAAUAUCAGUAUAUCUGGUAGAAAUCUGGACUUGGUAGACAAUAUUGUCAUUUCAAAGAACAUGUACAAAGAUCAAGACAGAAGUAAGUGCUUAGGAAAUUCAUCACACUGCCAUUUUAUAGCUCCAAAAUUAGGCGAGACCAUACAGAGCUCCGAUGUGAACUUAGCAACUGAAGAAAGUACUGUGAGAUGUGGGGAAUUCAUUUAUAAGGCGGACCCUACUUUCAGUACUUAUCAACUGAAUGAGAAUGAUGCAGAGAUUGAACUAAAAAUAGAGAAAAAAAAGGAUGAACUGAAAAUUCAGCCACAUGAAAUUGAAGUCCAACUACACUAUGAGGCAGAGGUACUAAACUGUACAGCCUGGAACAUAACAGGAUUCACUAAGGAUUAUAUAUAUUGUAAAGCAAAGAAAAGUUUAACUGGGAAAGUUAUGGGCAUGCCAUUGUGGGUUGAGGUUAUAUUAGGCAACUUGAAAGUAAGAGUAACAAAUCCAAGCUCUUUCCUAUAUCUUUUCAUUCUCCUGGUUGUUCCACUUCUUGUAAUUGUAGUUAUCGCUGCCAUUUUAAUCACAAGACACAAAUCCAAACAACUGAGCAAGAAACUGGGCAAAGAUAUUGAAGAACUGGAGUGUGAAAUAAGGAAAGAGAUACGUGAAGGUUUUGCAGAACUUCAGACAGAUAAAGAAGAUGUGGCUGAGGAAGCCCUUGGAACUACUCCUUUCUUUGACUACAAACAUUUUGCUAUAAAUAUCUUCUUUCCUGAGUCUGAAAAAAGCAAGCAAGACAUAUUUGAAAAACUGUGUGAUACUAUUCCAUCACCAUUCCAAGCUAGAAAGUCAACGCAAGAUGAGGAAAUAGUAUCCACUAUGAAGACAUUAUUUGAGAACCAAAAUUUUCUGGUUCUGCUUAUCCAUACCUUGGAAAAACAGAAUGAUUUUACAAUAAAGGACCGAUGUAUGUUUGCAUCCUUCCUGACCAUUAACUUCCAGUGUAAUCUACUCUACCUCACUGGGCUACUUGAAAAAUUAACUAAAGAUCUUAUUGAGCAAUCUAGUAACAAACAUCCAAAGCUGAUGCUAAGACGAACAGAGACAGUCGUUGAAAAGUUACUGACCAACUGGAUGUCUACUUGUCUGUAUGGUUUCUUGAGAGAAUAUGUGGGAGAACCUCUGUACGGUCUUGUUUGUACACUAAAUCAGAGGAUACACAAAGGCCCAAUAGAUGCAGUGACAUGUAAAGCUCUCUAUACUUUGAAUGAGGAUUGGUUGCUAUGGCAGAUAACAGAAUUUAGUAGUGUGGAGAUAAAUGUGCAUUUUCCAAAAACAUCAGAUCAAGAAGGGGAAGAUACUAAGGAGGGCCUUAAAGUAAAUGUAUUGGAUUGUGAUACGAUUGGACAAGUAAAAGAGAAAAUACUUCAGUCUUUCCAGAGUAAAAAAGGAUAUCCUUUAGGGCUUCCUCUUUGUGAUAUUGUUUUAGAGCUUCACCAUGGUCAGACUUUUAAGGAACUCUACGACGUAGAUUCCUCUAAUGUGAUGACAGAAUAUAAUAUCAGAAAGUUGAACACCAUAAAACAUUAUCAGAUUACUAAUGGUGCCACAAUCAACGCUGUUGUGAAAAAAAACGGUGACUCGGCAGAUGUGGAAUAUUCCAAGGAUCAGUACUGUCAUUUGGAAAUGCCUGAAUCUGAGGAACAUGUACUACAAAAUCCUGAAAACACAGGCAAACACAAGUUUAAAGUAAAGGAAUUAUAUCUCACAAAGCUACUUUCUACGAAGGUUGCUGUACAUUCUGCAGUAGAAAAGCUGUUUAAAAGCAUUUGGACAGUCCCUCAAAGGAAGCCUCCAAUAGCUAUAAAAUAUUUCUUUGAUCUACUGGAUGCCCAGACAGAAAUAAGAAAAAUUACAGAUCCAGAUGUGGCACAUAUUUGGAAGACAAAUAGCCUUCCUCUGCGGUUCUGGAUUAAUAUACUUAAAAAUCCACAAUUUGUCUUGGACAUAAAAAAGACUGUUUUGUUGGACAUCUGCCUGUCAGUGAUAGCCCAGGCUUUUAUGGAUGGAUUUUCUCUUGCAGAACAUCAACUAGGAAAAUCAGCUCCAACUAACAAACUCCUUUAUGCAAAAGACAUUCCUUUAUUUAAAGAAGAAGUAAAGGCUUACUACAAAGAAAUUCGAGAUGCUCCUCCUUUAUCCUCCACAGAGUUGACUGACUUCUUGACCUCUGAAUCAAAGAAACAUGCCCACGAAUUUAAAGAAGAUGUGGCAGUAAAGGAACUUUUCAAGUACAUUGAGAAAUACUUUCAUGUGAUUACAAGCACCCUGGAAAAGGAGACAGGAUUUGACUCUGAACUGAGGAAGCUCCAGCAACUUAAAAAAAUACUUGAGGACAAAAAUAAAUGUGGAUGGGAAUAGUAAUGUAUACUAUUCAGCAUUGAUCCGCUGUCUACAUGCUAGUUUGCCCUUAAUAGCACACACAGAGAUAUUUUAAAACAUCUUCUAUCCUCAUAAUGUGAAUGCUGCUCCUGUGGCCCUUGUUUAUUAAUUAUGUGUAACCACUUUCCCCAUUAGGUUCAAUUAUGAGACUUAGUGCAACUAUCCCUAAGGGAGUCUAUGACAGUAAUGUAAAGAGAUGAGCCCUGACUGUUCUGGACUUGUGGCCAGUAGGUGUGCGUCUUAUAGGGAUUUGUAGGAUCUCAAUGUAAAACUAAUGAAGCACUUGUACUUAAUAGAAUUGCAUCAAAGAUCUCAUAACUGGCUAUGCUUCACUUAUAAUGUAUGUUAUCAUAUUGCAUAGUAUACCCUGGUCCAUAUACUGCUGCCUCAGCUAAAACAUUUAAAGAGAUAUAUACUGUACAGGGCUUUAUUUUCUAUGGCUGCCACUUCAAUGGCAUCAAAACAUAAAAUAUACGGUUUACGCUCCUUUUUUAAAAUAGUAAAAAACAUAAUAGGCAUCACUAUUUUUCUAGCCAAAACGGCACAAUGAUCAAAAAGUCCAAAGGGGAUGUUAACAAUAACAUUCUUCUAAAUCAGUGGUCUCAAAUUGGUGGCCCUUCAGCUGUUGCAAAACGUCAACUUCCAGCAGCCAACAGCUCUCUGGGCAUGCUGGGAGUUGAACUUUUGCGACUUCUGGAGGGCCACCAGUUUGAGUCUUCUGUUCUAAAGUGAUGGCGCAUUACAACACAAUGGUGUAGAAAAAUGGCGUAUAUACAGUAUAUGUGACAUUCAAAAAAUUAAUUCCAUUUAUUAUGUUUAAGUUUAAAGGACUAUUAUUAUAUUCAAACAUUAUGCUUUCUAAAAUGCAUUUAAUUUAAUAAAAUACUGACCUUCAUCUUUGGGUAAUGUCAUGUUGAAAUGUUUUGAUGGGUGGGUGUCCAAUUGCUGGAACCCCUUACAUUUGAUAAAAGGAAAGGACAGAAGUGCUCUGCGGUCGAAAUGGAUGGAUUCCGUCUAUUAGACAGCUUCCACUACUAAGCCUGAAAAUUCAAUUGAAAAAAAAAAAAAAAAACACGACACAUUGGAAAAAUUAUUUUAUUAAAAAAUACACUCCCCCACAGCCCUCGUUAGCCAUUUUAAUAAAAAAAAAUCCAGUUAAUCCGUAGUAGUCCACCAAAUCCGCCGUAAUCCUCUGCAUACACGGAUCUGAAAAGAGAAGAAAAAAAAAGCUGCUGUC